AAUCGCAAUUGCUGAAAGAAGUAUAAGCAAAAUAAACCCUCAAAAUCCCUAAUCCCUCCCGAUCUUUCCCCGAUCGAUUUUUUCACUCUCCUUCUUCAUCUCUCCGAUCAUUCCAAUCCUCAUCCUCUUCUAGCGAGCGACGGCGUCAUCGACGACGAUGGAGUAGGACGCCCGCCGGCCGGGCCCCUGCUCUCGGCCUGGGUGUGUGCUCUUAAAUUCUGCUAAACUUGAGUGGCUGUGUUGUUGCUUCAUCAAUACUGGUCGCAAAGCUAUUUGCCCUCUCCAAUUUGCUCUAUUCCAUCCACGGGAUCUUUUUUGUUAGAUUUGCUCAACAACUGCUGAAACCACAACUCUACAGGAGCUCAUUUCCUGUUUUGUGGUCCCUGUGAAAGAAACAAAUCCCAGGUUGCUCAGCAAUAUCAGAAUGCCCUGUUAGUAUGGGAAAUCAUGUUUCAUGUUCUUGAUUUGGAGACUCUGCCAGUUUGAGAUAUAGGUUAAAUGGAGAGAAACCAGUAAGAGUUGGUGGACUGUUUGAAGGACUCCAAGCUGUUGCACUGUGAUUCAAUGGAAUCUGGAAAAGGAGGAGUUGGCCAUGCAAGCCAAAGGUUUAUGCAGGGUUCAUCAGGGUCUACCGACACCAAUGCUAGGCCUCCAGAGUUUAGUAUAUCUGGUGGUGCUAGGCCUGUACUAAAUUACUCAAUUCAGACAGGUGAAGAGUUUGCACUUGAAUUUAUGCGAGAACGGGUGAUCCCCAAGAAGCCCUCUGUGCCAAAUACAUCUGGAGAUCAAAAUGUUGCCCCUGGUUACAUGGACUUGAGAGGCAUGCUAGGUAUUUCUCACACAAGUUCUGAAAGUGGAUCAGAUGUUUCGAUGCUUGUGACUGGAGAUAAUCGACAGUCAAAACAGAUGGAGAAGGCAAGCUUCUCUGAAAUAGAAAAAAGAGGCCAAUAUGCAUCAGCAAGGUCAAUGCCGCGAGUCUCAUCAGGUGAAGGGAGUAGUCGAGGAAUUUCUCAUGGGUGUACUUCUUCAGAGUCUUCUGAUAUGUCAUCAAAAAAGAUGAAAUUCCUCUGCAGCUUUGGUGGUAAGAUUUUGCCUCGACCAAGUGAUGGAAAACUCAGGUAUGUUGGAGGUGAUACUCGCAUUAUUCGAAUCCACAGGGACAUUUCCUGGCAAGAACUCAUUCAAAAGACAACAGCAAUAUAUAGCCAACCUCACACAAUUAAGUAUCAACUACCAGGGGAGGACCUUGAUGCGUUGGUGUCAGUUUCCUGUGAUGAAGAUCUGCAAAAUAUGAUGGAGGAAUGCGGUAUCUUAGAAGGUGGUGAGGGAUCACAGAAACCUAGGAUGUUUCUAUUUUCUUCUGGUGAUUUUGAUGACACACAUUUUAGCCUGGGCAGUACGGAGGGGGAGUCUGAAAUUCAGUAUGUUGUUGCUAUCAAUGGUAUGGAUGUAGGAGCUGGAAAGACUUCUAGUGGACAUGGCUUGGCGAGCACGUCAGAAAGUGACUUGGAUUGGUUACUCAAUUUUAGUUUUGAAGCUGACAGAGCUGCUGCAACCAGAGUUGCUCCUGCACCUCUAGUGCCUGCCACAACUCUAUCUAUGCCAACACAGGCAAGUUCGUUUGGUGAUUGUGACAGCCAUUUGCAUUCUUAUCAGGACCAUGGCAUGCAUUAUGAGGAAGGUGACCAUUAUGCAUGUACUGACAGCUGCCCUUCUGACAGAUUUCGCAAUGUAGAUAGCAGGAUUUCCAUCCCUAUGUCUGUGCCAUCUGAUUAUGAAUAUAAUUCUCAAUGCAUGCACAUUACAGGAACUUCUGGUCUAAUGCCAGUCCACGAUAUUCCAUCUCUCCAUCAAGGCGUGACAGAAGGGCUAUACAGUGGCAUCAGUUUACAUGAUCAAGCAGCAUCAGUUAAAGGGGCAAAGUUGACGGUUGACAAUCUGUCUCAGAAAAAAAAUGAAGGUGAGAAUCUCCAAUCUCUGGAAAAUAAAUUUACCACAACCAUGCAGCAACAUGAUGUUUCAGUUUCCAAGUAUAUGCAAGCUGAACUGCCCUAUGUUGCUUCUGCACCAGAGCAUUUAACAUCUGGGCAACCUACAAAACAUAAUGGGAAGCCCCUGGACCCUGUAGCAAUUUCAUCAUCAGCUGAUGCUGUGAGCGCUGGUCAGAGUUCUGAGUUCAAUGAAGAUGAGCGCUGCUCAUCCGGGGGAGGAGCUGUUACAUCUGGAUUUUCUGACUAUGAGGCUGAUAUGACUGAUCUAUGCUACAGUGAUCCACCUUCACGUCCUUUCCGAGUCUAUCAAUCUGAGAUGAUCCCUAGAGAGCAACCAGAUUUCCUGAAUCGCUUAUCAAAAUCGGAUGAUUCAAUUGGUUCUCAAUUUCUAAAACUUCACUCACGUCCCGGUGUGGCUCAAGAAUCCAUUGCUGAAGCUCUUGAUCCUUCGCAUGAAGGAAAUCUAGUUUCUCAGACUGAGGAGUGUUCCUCAGCUACAAGACCACCACUAGAGGAUAGUUUGAUGCAGUUCGAAAAAUAUAAAGAGCUGGCAGAUGCAAUAACUCAAAAGAGUCGAUUUGAACCCAUCUCUGCUCCUGGAGGAUCGGAAACUGCAAAAUUUCCUCAUCAACCUGUAGAUGGUGAUGAGCCCUUGACCAGUUGGGAUCAGCAUGAUCCUGAGGUCCGUGCAGUGUCUGACCAAACUGAAAUCAUUAGUAGUGAACAGAGUCGUAAAACAGGGGGGAAAAUUCAGAAAUCUGGAUUGCAUCAUGCACCUAUGGCCUCUGUUGAUGAUAAAAUCACUGUCAAUGAGGAUAGAAUCUUGCAUGAAUCAAAUACAGGCAGACUUGUAGAAAAAGUUAUGACUGUCGGUGAAAAGAAUUUGGUCAAAAGCAAUUUCAAAGAGCCAGCUGUUGAUGGUGCUGCCAUUAAGGAGCAAGGAAUUCCAGCUGCUAUUUUGCCUGAUAUUCACUGGGAGGAUAUAACAAUGAAGAAUACAUACUCAACUGAUGCUGCGGGGCAUGCCUCAGCUUCCCCCUGGACCGAGAGCAGCAAUGAAGCUGUUUCUCGAGAGGAAUCUUCUGUUGCUCCACCAGAGAAGAAAGAUAUUAUUAUUGAUAUCAAUGAUCGAUUCCCUUCUGAUCUGCUAUCUGAUAUCUUUUCAAAGGCUAGGAUUGCUGAGGAUUUAUCUAAUUUAGGUCCCCUCCACAAAGAUGAAACUGGCCUCAGUUUGAACAUGCAAAACCAUGAACCUCAGCGGUGGUCUUUCUUUAGAAAUCUGGCCACGGGUGAGUUUGGGCAUAAUGACAUUUCUCUUAUGGAUCAAGACCACAUUAGUUAUCCAUCUCGGCUUACAGAGGUCGAAGAGGGGAUUUCUAAGCCACAUCAAUUUGCACCUGUAGAGAAUGAGGGAGUUGAUUUAAGUCACAUGGAACCCCAAAUUGAUUUUGAUGAAGAAAUGCAACAAGAAGCAUCUAGCACCAUUAUAGGGGAUGCUAGCAUCUUGAACCAAAGUUUUAUACCGUCAGAUAUUGCUCAGCCUCGUUUAAUGGACAAGAGUGAAGGUUUGCAAGUUGAGAAUCCUUUCUCGAAGUUGGGAGAGAACUUAAGAACAAAUGCUUCAGAGUAUGAGGAAUUGAAAUUUCCGGUUGAGGAAGUCGCUGAGCCUGUUAUAGAUACUUGUAUGGGCGAGUUUGAUCUCAGCAAUUUGCAGAUAAUAAAGAAUGCGGAUCUUGAAGAACUGAGAGAACUAGGUUCUGGCACAUUUGGAACCGUGUAUCAUGGAAAAUGGAGGGGCACUGAUGUGGCCAUAAAGCGAAUAAAGAAGAGCUGCUUUACAAGUCGAUCAUCUGAGCAAGAGAGACUGACCCUGGAGUUUUGGCGGGAAGCUGAAAUUCUUUCGAAGCUUCACCAUCCAAAUGUGGUAGCUUUUUAUGGGGUUGUGCAAGAUGGACCAGGAGGUACCUUAGCAACUGUUACAGAAUUCAUGGUUAAUGGUUCUCUUAGGCAUGUUUUACUGCGGAAAGACAAGUAUCUUGAUCGUCGAAAACGGCUUAUAAUUGCAAUGGAUGCAGCAUUUGGGAUGGAAUAUUUGCAUUCUAAAAAUAUUGUACACUUUGAUUUGAAAUGUGAUAACUUGCUUGUCAACCUCAAAGACCAGUCACGUCCCAUUUGCAAGGUAGCUGAUUUUGGCUUAUCAAAAAUUAAAAGAAAUACCUUGGUUUCUGGUGGUGUGAGAGGAACACUACCUUGGAUGGCUCCAGAAUUGCUAAAUGGAAGCAGCAAUAAGGUGUCAGAGAAGGUCGACGUGUUCUCCUUCGGUAUUGUCAUGUGGGAAAUUCUUACAGGGGAGGAGCCUUACGCCAACAUGCAUUAUGGGGCAAUCAUAGGAGGUAUCGUGAACAAUACAUUGAGGCCACCUGUGCCAGUCACUUGUGACCCAGAAUGGAGAAGGCUAAUGGAGCAGUGCUGGGCUCCUGAUCCAGUACAACGACCGUGUUUCACCCAAAUCGCCAGUCGGUUGCGUGCUAUGUCCGUGGCCAGUCAAACAAAACCUGCAAAAUGAUGUUAAACCAGUACAUCAGUAUAUAUGGUGCCUGCGUUGUUGUUGUAGCAGUUUGCUAGGCUAUAUAAUCUCAUGAAUACUGAAAGAUAUGUGUGCGAUAUAUUGUGUUUUGAGGAGAGACAGGGAUUAGAUCCCACUGCUGAGUGUUCCGUUAUUAUUCUGAAUUUGUGUGGAUAAGGGAUUUUUCUUCGAAAUAAUUUUUUUAUAUGGGCUGUAUGUUUUCACCGGUUCUUGAUGUUACAUUGUAUCCAUAUUUUAUAGAGCGAAGAAAACUCAUUUUGUAUCCAUA